AUAGAAGGAGCAUUUUUAUGAUAAAUAAAGCAUGUAUUCAAUUGUGGAGCUUAUAGGGAACAGCUGUUGCGCAUAGUAUACUAUUCAUUCCCGCGUGAAAAAUUUUGCAACAUUUUGUACAAGAUUAUCAUUUCUUUAAUUUUAAUAAUAUUUAUGUUAUAAUAAUCAUAGUUGAAUGUUGAAAUGAAUCAUAUUUACGAAAGACAGAUCGUUUUUAAUUUUAUGAAAGGAUAGUGUAUUGAUUUAAAAAUAUUAAAGUAAAAGCGUUAUUUUUUAAAAAUAAUAGUUAAUUAAUUUGAAACAGAAGAUGGAUAAGUUAAGAAGAGCUUUAAGUGGUAAUGAUCAAUGCGAUGAAGAAAGUGGUAUUAUUACUCAGGUUAUGGAUCAAUCUACGUUAAGUUGGUCUACUCGAAUAAAAGGUUUUGCUAUUUGCUUUAUUGUUGGUAUCCUCUGCUCCUUCCUUGGAUCCUUCGCCUUAUUUUUACACAAAGGACUCACAGUAUUUGCUGUAUUUUAUACAUUAGGCAAUAUCAUCUCAUUAGCAAGUACAUGCUUUUUGAUGGGUCCAUUCAAUCAGUUUAAGAAGAUGUUUGCACCAACAAGAGUCGUGGCAACUGUUUUAGUAUUUAUCGCAAUUGUAAUGACAUUAUUUGCAGCUUUGCAUCUGAAGAAUCCUGGGUUGGCUCUUAUGUUUAUAAUUAUUCAAUCAUUGGCAAUGACUUGGUAUUCCUUAUCUUAUAUCCCCUAUGCACGUGAUGCUGUCAGAAAAACUCUGGAGUCAUGUAUCACAUGAAAAAGCUUGCAAAACGUACAAUAAUAUCUCUAACUUAACAAAAAUGUUCAAACUUAUAUAUUGUUAUUUUAUAUUAUAUAAAAUAUAAACUGAAAUAAAAAAUUAACUUAAGGCACAAU